GCAGAGCAAAUACAUUGCAGGUUAUCUUUCAUCUCAGAACGUCUGAUUUGAUCCUCUCUCAGUGACAACAGUUUCUGAGUCUUACUGAUUUUUUCUUCUCUCUAAUCUCUUGGUUCGCGUGGCAGACUAAAUGAUUUUGUGUUUUUGGUUCUCUUUUAGGCUUGUACAGGUUGGAAAUCUUGGGCUUCAGCUGCCAUGGUACUUUCUGCAAAUAAUUGUGAGCGCAUGGUAUUUCAUAUCAGUCGUGGGUAAUUUGUUUGAAAGCUAUUUCAUCUCUUUAAAGAAAUACAAGUCUCUUCAUUCGGGAAAGGUUAGGUACCUUGCCAUUGUCAUAGAAAGUGAAGAAGCUUAUCAGAUUUCCAAAGUUGUUAAACUUUCGCAGUGGCUUGACUCUAUUGGUGUAAAGAAUGUGUGCCUUUAUGACAUGAAUGGAGUAUUGAAGAAGUCUAAGGAAACCAUACUUCAAAAAUUGAAGAAUGCAAAAUCCAUUGAGGAAGUUAGUGAAGUCGUCACACUCCAUGCUCCAGGUCACAUGACUUCAGAAUUUCUUUCUUAUCUGGAUGGGAAGGAGGCAGUGGCCAAAGCAGCUAACUUGAUUUUUGUGGAAAACUCGAAACGACAUAACUUGGGUGGAGAACUAGAUCUUCAAAUCUUGUUAGAACCUCAAAUGAAUAAAGCAUUGCAAAUUGUUGGUAGCAAAGGCCCCGAGCCUGACCUUUUAUUGGUUUAUGGACCUGUGAGGAGCCAUCUUGGUUUUCCUGCAUGGAGACUUCGUUACACAGAGAUCAUACAUAUGGGAUCAUUGAACUUCAUGAGAUAUGGUUCCUUAAUGAAAGUCAUUAACAACUUCACGAAAGUGCACCAAAAUUAUGGUACGUAGAAAAGGAAUUUGGAGGUAGUUAACUGCGCAAGCACAAAGCAUAGGCGUGAAGAAUAGAAACAUAUCUAGCUAAAAUCUUUGUGGAAAAAAGGACUUACUCAGUCUUAACUACUGGUUUUACUUACUUUAAAUGUGUCAGUCAUCAUGAGAGAUAGAAUUGCAAGUCAUGACCUGGUUUUACCAACUGUUAAUUUAAAAAAGAUUUGGUAAUUUAAAAGUUGGAUUUUUAUUUGAUACCACCA